AUGGGUGUGAGCAAGUUAGAUAUUCUGUACCGGAGACUUCUCCUCACAAAACUUUUUAUCAGAGGAUGGGGGAGGCCAGAAGAUCUCAAAAGACUCUUUGAAUUCAGAAAGAUGAUUGGAAAUCGAGAAAGAUGUCAGAAUCUGGUUUCAAGUGAUUAUCCAGUACACAUCGAUAAGAUUGAAGAGCAAUCAGACUGUAAGAUCCUAGAUGGGCACUUUGUUUCCCCCAUGGCCCACUAUGUGCCUGAUAUAAUGCCAAUUGAAUCUGUUAUUGCAAGGUUCCAACUUAUUGUUCCUAAAGAAUGGAACAGCAAAUAUAAACCUGUAUGCAUUCAUCUUGCUGGAACAGGAGAUCAUCAUUACUGGAGACGACGAACACUAAUGGCUCGUCCUAUGAUUAAAGAAGCCCGAAUGGCUUCUUUGUUGUUAGAAAACCCUUAUUAUGGCUGCAGGAAGCCCAAGGACCAAAUAAGGUCCAGCUUAAAAAACGUGUCUGACCUUUUUGUGAUGGGAGGAGCUCUUGUUUUAGAAUCUGCAGCUCUCUUGCACUGGCUAGAGAGAGAGGGUUAUGGACCUCUAGGAAUGACCGGAAUAUCCAUGGGAGGACAUAUGGCUUCCUUAGCAGUAUCCAACUGGCCUAAGCCCAUGCCAUUGAUUCCAUGUCUGUCUUGGUCCACAGCAUCUGGGGUCUUCACUACGACAGAUUCUUUCAAAAUGGGACAAGAGUUUGUGAAACGCUUCCCUAUCAGUGCAGACAAGCUAACUAACCUUAAUGUGGUUUCUAGAACUUUAAAUUUAGAUAUGACAGACCAAGUUGUAUCCCAAAAACCUAGUGAGUGCCAUAAAUCUAGUAAAACAUCCAUCAGUGCCACAUCAGAAAGACUCUUGUUGCAAGAUACCUCUAAGAUGCAGUGCUUCAAUCAAACGCUUUCAACCAACAAAAGUAAUUAUACAAGUUGCAAUCCUCAGUCAUAUCACCUACUCAGUAAAGAACAAAGAAGAAACAAUCUUCAGAAAGAGUCUUUAAUAUUCAUGAAAGGAGUCAUGGAUGAAUGUACUCAUGUGGCAAAUUUCUCAGUUCCAGUUGACCCAAGUCUCAUUAUAGUGGUUCAAGCCAAAGAAGAUGCUUAUAUUCCACGAACAGGAGUUCGAAGUUUACAAGAAAUUUGGCCUGGUUGUGAAAUCCGUUAUCUAGAAGGGGGUCAUAUUAGUGCUUAUCUUUUUAAACAAGGACUCUUCAGGUAA